AUUUCUUCACAGACAUUCUUCAAAUUAUCCAAUAUAUCAAACUAGCUAAUUAAACUGGUGCGUGAAAAUGCCAUAUCGAGUAAUUAACUUGCAGGUGGACUGGCUUGGGAGGAAAUGGGACUUCAUGGAUUUAUACUAUCUCACUCUCAUUACCAGCGCCCAUCUCCUCUGCUUUUUAGCACCAUUUCACUUCACUUGGGGUGCACUUAAGGUCGCAUAUGUUCUCUACCUUCUCUCCGGUGUCGGUGUUACUCUCUCUUACCAUCGCCACCUUUCCCACCGGAGCUUUAAGAUGCCAAAAUGGCUUGAGUACUAUUUUGCUUAUUGUGCAGUUCUCUCACUUCAGGGAAGUCCACUUGAAUGGGUGAGCACCCAUCGAUUCCACCAUCAAGUUACAGACAAAGAGAACGACCCUCAUACCCCUUCAAAAGGAUUUUGGUUUAGUCACGUCAAUUGGGCUUUUGAUUAUCAUGCUCGAUGGGGAAGCUAUGAUGGACAACUGAUGAAGAAUGUGGGAGAUUUGGAAUGUCAAGCAUUCUAUAGGUUUCUUCAUUAUACUUACCCCUAUCAUUCAGUUCUUCUCGGAGUUAUACUCUAUGUGACCGGAGGAUUACCCUAUGUGAUUUGGGGAAUGUUCGUGAGAUUGGUAGUGGUCGCGCAUGCCACUGCUGCUGUAAAUUCAUUUUGCCACACUUGGGGAAAGCAAAUAUACGAUACCGGUGAUGAGUCUAAGAACAACUGGGUUUUCGGAUUGUUAUCACAAGGAGAAGGUUGGCACAAUAAUCACCAUGCUUUUGAGUACUCGGCUCGACACGGCUUGGAGUGGUGGCAAGUUGAUCUUACUUGGUAUGUGAUUAAGCUGCUUCAAAUUCUGGGUUUGGCCACUGACGUGAAACUGCCAACUGAAUCGCAGAAGCAACGAAAAGCUCUCGCCAAAAAUGCCGUUCUAGAGGGCAAGAUCAACUAGCCAUGUUUAUAUGGUGUUAUUGCUAUUAAGUAUGAAAUA